UGAUAGGGUUCGGAGAGAGUAUAUGACCAUGGAUCCUUCGACGUUUGAUUACUCCGAUGGUAUCAAUGUAGAUGAUCUUGCAAUAGACAGCCAUGUCUUUUCACCUAAUCCAGAUCGGUACCCGAGUCUCGCAAGUGGUUUCUUUUUGGACGACCCUUUUCUAGAUCUUAAAUCCUCAGAUAGUACUUUUCUUCCGAAUAAAGUUGACCCUGUGUAUAAUCUCCCUUCAAAAUCUGUUGACCUCGAUUUUGGAGAUUUAAUCUUUCCCUCGACAAGCGUGAGCUCAGAUGGAGACCCAUUUGGUCCAUCUACGAGCUCGAUUAGUGCCCAGAGUCCGGGGGGAGAUUCUCUCUCCCCAUCGGGGGGGCCUGACUCAUCGGAUCCUGUUCUAAAGUACAUAAGUCAGAUGCUUAUGGAAGAAAACAUGGAGGAGCAACCGUGGGAAUUUGCUGAUCAGGGUGCUCUGCAAAAUGCUGAAAGGUCGUUGUAUGAUGCCCUUGGUCAGCAGCAUUCAGAGCUGUCUGAUCAGAGCCCCUCACACCUUGAUUUAAGCCAUUAUAUCGAGAGCCCAAGUAGCAGCCUUUCUGGAAGUAGCAGUGCUCAUGGAAGCCAUGAUGCUACAAGCGUUACUGUCAGCUCUAGUGACUCAGCUGAUGCUAAUAUUCUUUACACAAUUGAAGAACAUAGCCAUGCUGCCCAGGAACAUUCUGACCUGGACUUCCAGUCGAACGUGGAUUCCAGUCUGCAGUUGUUGUCCAAUUCUUCAAGCAGCAUCACGAAUUAUGAUGAUGGGUCUGAGGAUUCUUUGCAUGAGCUUCUUGUCAAGAAAUUUUUCAGUGAUAGUGAUUCUAUGAUUCUGUUCAAGAAAGGAUUAGAGGAGGCCAGCAAAUUCCUUCCCACCAACAAUCAAUUAGGAAUUAACCCAGAGGACAGCAAACUGCCAUCGGAAACAAAGAAAGGAAGCCUAACAACGCGCAUCAAUGAGGAGAUCGGCAUCAUGCUAUCGCCUAAUGAGUUCAAGGGAUUAAAGAAUCACGAGAGGGACGAGGAUGCUUUUGAGGAAGGCAGGGCUAAUAAGCAAACGGCCUUGUACACAGAAGAGAGUGAGCUUUCAGAUUUGUUUGAUAAGGUGUUGCUAUGCAAUGAAAAUGGUGGGGCUAUGUGUUCUGGUGACAAACCUGUGGAGACAGGGCUGAGCAAAGACAUACAGCCACAAAGGAACAAGCGUGGUUCCAAUAGAGCUAGGGGUCGUGGUAAGAAGCAGGGAAGCGGGAAUACUGUUGACUUGAGAACUCUUCUGAUUCUCUGUGCACAAGCCAUCUCUACUAGUGAUUUUAGGACUGCUAAUGAAUUGUUGAAGCAGAUUAGAGAGAACUCUUCUCCUUCUGGCGAUGGGUCUCAAAGACUGGCCCAUUACUUUGCCAAUGGGCUAGAGGCACGAUUGGUGGGCAAUGGGACUCGAACGCAACACUUCUAUUCUACUCUUGUUGCCAGGAGGACCUCAGUAGCCGAUAUCUUGAAAGCUUAUCACCUUCACCUUUCGACAUGUCCGUUUAAGAAGUUCUCCAUUUGCUUUGCAAAUUACAUGAUUUUGAGAUUAGCAGAGAAAGCCACUACCCUUCAUAUAAUAGAUUUUGGCAUUGCCUUUGGUUUUCAAUGGCCAAUCCUCAUACAGAAGCUCUCUUCUCAAUUAGAAGGGCCCUGUAAGUUGCGCAUCACAGGAAUAGAGUUUCCACAAGCUGGUUUCCGCCCGGCAGAAAGAAUAGAGGAGACAGGUCAUCGUUUGAAAAAGUAUUGUGAGCGUUUCAAUGUCCCUUUUGAAUUCAGUUGCAUAGCAUCGAGCAAUUGGGAAUCCAUUAAACUUGAGGAUCUCAAGAUUCAAAGCAAUGAGACAGUUGCUGUGAAUUGUUUAGAUCGGUUUAGGAAUCUCCUUGAUGAGACAGUCGAGGACAACAACCCACGGGAUGCUGUGUUGAAUCUGAUUCGGCAAAUUAAACCGGAUAUUUUUGUUCAAACUGUACGUAGUGGCUCCUACAAUGCGCCAUUUUUUGCGACAAGAUUCCGAGAAGCACUUUUUGAUCUUUCUGCCGUGUACGAUAUGUUUGAUGCUAUCAUACAUGGUGACAGCAAAGAGAGGUUGGUUUUAGAGAGAGAUUUCCAUGGAAGGGAGAUUAUGAAUGUCAUAGCAUGCGAAGGUUCGGAAAGGGUUGAGAGGCCAGAAACUUACAAGCAAUGGCAGGCUCGUUAUAUGAGGGCUGGGUUUAGGGUGCUUCCUCUGGACCAAGAGCUCAUGAAGUUGUUCAGGAGUAAGAUGAAAGCAUGGUACCACAAGGAUUUUGUGCUUGAUGAAGAUGGCACCUGGAUGCUGCAAGGUUGGAGAGGUCGGAUUGUUUAUUGCUCCUCCUGUUGGGUGCCCACUUAGGAUGGCUG